AAAAAUUGCAGCUCUCAAUCACAUCAAUCCCAAUCACAAUCAGACAAAAUGUCUAAUUCAAAGAAACGGACCGCUGAAGAGGCGGCUCCGGCCAAAAAGGCCAAAAAGAGAAAGUCCAAACACGCUGUUGACGAUGAGAGCCUCGACACCGAGCUGGGCCUCAACACACUCUUCUCCAAGAUGGACGGCCAGCUUCUAGCAGACUAUCAUGCACAGAAGCUAGCGAGAUUCGGUGCCGAUCUGAGUCCCGUAGAGCUGUCAGAUCUGGCCAUAUCAGCAUCUUCAAUCACAGACACCACCUCAUGGCAGGAAAACAGGUCGCUGGAAAAGCUGCCAGAGUUUCUCGAGAAAUUCUCAGAACAUCCAGAGAGCUUGGCGAGAGCGCAGAAGAAGAAGGGCAUGCCCCAUACCAUUAUUGUCGCUGGUGCAGGCUUGAGAGCUGCAGACCUUACCAGAGCUCUAAGGAAAUUCUCAGGCAAGGAUAGUCUAGUUGCAAAGCUGUUUGCCAAACACAUGAAGGUCGAAGAGCAAGUCGCCCUGCUGCAGAACAAGAAGAUUGGCAUUGGUGUUGGCACGCCAGCACGUUUGAUGGAGCUCAUCGACAAUGGUUCAUUGUCGUUGGACAAGCUGCAGCGCCUGGUCGUUGAUGCCUCGCAUAUUGACCAGAAGAAGAGGGGCGUCAUGGACAUGAAGGACACCAUGAUGCCGCUUGCACGGUUCCUGGCUAGGAAGGAGUUCAAGGAUCGAUACGGCGAUGAGAAGAAGCCAUUGGCCUUGUUGUUCUAUUAGUGAGGAUGUCACGUAUUGGAACAUGACGGCCUUGCUCAGCACCACGUUUACUUUGCAUCACGGACAGCAUUGACGGGCCUUUUCCCGCCCUUUGCUGCUUCUUCUUAAUUCACAGUUGUAAUGGAGUUUUACUUUUGUAGAUAUAGACGAAUGGACAUGCGCGUGUUAUUGACGGUACC